AUGUCUAACCUAUCGGUGCAAUUAACUGCCCCGAACGGGCGCUCGUACACCCAGCCUAUCGGCCUCUUCAUUAACAACGAGUUUGUGGCCUCCAAGGCAGGCGAGAAAGUCACUUCUAUCAACCCUUCAGACGAGAAAGAGAUUGCUUCCGUUUACGCCGCCGGUGAGGAGGAUGUUGAUAUCGCAGUCAAGGCUGCCCGGAAGGCCCUGAAGGAUCCUUCUUGGAAGCUGCUCCCUCCUACUGAUCGUGGCAGUCUGAUGAUGAAGCUUGCCGACCUAAUUGAGCAGCACAAGGAGACCCUCGCCACCAUUGAGACCUGGGACAACGGCAAGCCAUACUCUGUCUCUCUCAAUGAUGACCUUACUGAGGUCAUUGCUUGUCUCCGGUACUACGCCGGCUGGGCCGACAAGGUGACUGGCCAGACUAUUAGCACCACUCACCAGAAGUUCGCCUACACUCUGCGUCAGCCCCUUGGUGUCGUUGGUCAGAUUAUCCCUUGGAACUUCCCUCUGCUUAUGGCGGCAUGGAAGUUGGGUCCUGCCCUUGCUUGCGGUAACACCAUUGUCAUGAAGGCUGCCGAGCAGACACCUCUUAGCAUUCUCUACCUGGCUGGUUUGAUCAAGGAGGCUGGUUUUCCUCCUGGCGUCGUUAACAUCCUGAACGGCUUUGGUCGUGUUGCCGGUGCUGCACUGGUGCAACAUCCUGAUGUUGAUAAGGUUGCCUUCACUGGUUCCACCAUCACUGGUCGUGAGAUCAUGAAGAUGGCCGCUGGCACACUGAAGAACAUUACCCUCGAGACUGGUGGCAAGUCCCCUCUGGUUGUCUUUGAGGAUGCUGAUAUUGAGCAAGCCGCCAAGUGGGCGCACACCGGUAUCAUGUACAACCAGGGUCAGGUUUGCACUUCCACCUCGCGUAUCCUGGUCCAUGACUCUGUGUACGACAAGUUUGUUUCUAUCUUCAAGGACGUCGUGGCCUCCACUAGCAAGGUUGGUGACCCCUUCGCCGAAGACACCUUCCAGGGUCCUCAGAUCACCAAGGCUCAGUACGACCGUAUUCUUUCAUACAUUGAGGCCGGUAAGUCCGAAGGUGCUACCCUUGUUGCCGGUGGUGAGCCAUACAAGAAUGUUGGCGAAGGAAAGGGCUUUUUCAUUGCCCCAACUAUCUUCACCAAUGUUAAGGACAACAUGCGUAUCUACCGCGAGGAAGUCUUCGGUCCCUUCGUUGUGAUCUCUAGCUUCGUCACUGAGGAGGAAGCCGUUACUCGUGCCAACGAUACUACUUACGGCCUGGGAGCUGCUCUCUUCACCAAGGACAUUGAGCGUGCUCACCGCGUUGCCUCUGACAUCGAGGCCGGUAUGGUCUGGAUCAACAGCAGCAAUGACAGUGACUUCCGUGUGCCAUUCGGUGGUGUCAAGCAGAGUGGUAUUGGUCGUGAGCUCGGCGAGGCUGGCCUCGAGGCUUACUCUCAGACCAAGGCGAUUCAUGUCAACCUGGGAUCCCGGCUGUAA